AUGGACAUAGAUGCUCCCAGCGACGUCGCGGCCGAGCUUAGCGUCCCCGCCUACUUCUUAUUCCCCUCCGGGGCCAGCGACCUCGCUGUGUUCCUCAACCUUCCCUACUACUACCCCACCGUGCCGUCGUUCCGGGAGAUGGGCAAGACUACGCUCGUGCGCUGCUUCCUGGGCAUGCCGCCGAUCCGCGCCGUGGACAUGUUGCAGUCGAUCCACGACAAGGAGAGCGACGCGACCAAGGUCCGGCUCUACCAGUUCAAGCGCAUGGCGGAGGGGAGGGGCGUGCUGAUCCAGUUCCCUGAGCCGGACUUGGAGCGGCUGCUUCUGGUGGGGUUCUUGGAGAGGACGAGGAACAGGGGCAUGGUGGUGAAGAACUGGGCGCCACAGUCAGAGGUGGUGCAACAUGAGGCCGUCGCCGCGUUCGUGACGCACUGCGGGUGGAACUCCACGCUGGAGGCAAUCAUGUCUGGAUUGCCGAUGAUCUGCUGGCCGAUGUACGCCGAGCAGUGCAUGAAUAAGGUGUUCAUGGUGGAGGAGAUGAAGAUCGCAGUCGAUGUGGAGGGAUACGAGGAGUUCGUCAAGGCAGUGGAGGUGGAAGCCAAGGUGAGGCUUGUGAUGGACACCGACCAAGGGAAGAUGCUGAGGGAGAGGCUCGCAAUCGUCAAGGAGAGGGCCUUGGAUGCCAUCCACGAAGGCGGGUCUUCUGAAGCGGCAUUAGCAAAGUUUUUGAAAAACAUGGAAGUGGAGAAUGCCAUAGCCCCCCACGGAUGA